AUGGCGUGCGAACCUCCCCCAAAACGAUCGAAGAAAGAGGUCACUGAACAUGGCGACGACAUAUUGGAAUCGUACAUGGCGAAACGUAAAGAAGUUUGCAAAUCUGUGACCGAUUUUAAGUUCAAUAAGAAAAGAGUCCGUCUUAUUUCCUCUGAUGCUGAUAUCCCAGAGAAUUGCAAGGGAAUCGCUUACUGGAUGUGGAGGGAACAGCGUGUUCAAGGUUGGUUUAAGCUUACAUGCAUGUUGUAAUUUAAGCUUAUAUCUCGUUUAUUAACGCUUACUACAGACGUUUUGCCCUCACGUCAAAAAUAAAUAAUUUUGUUAAAGACCCGAAAUAGAUGCUAUCAUGUAAGAGUAUUGCUGAAGAGGUUUUAUCUGAUCAUGAAUGGUCACACCAUGAGGUUUGAUCCUUGGAUUUUCUUUGGAUUUUUUUGUACAACCUAAAUUGGCAAAAUUUAAACAUGAAUACCUAAAAUUGGAAUAAAAGUGCAAGAUUGUAAGACUUAAAAACUGUGACCAGUUGCACAAAACCUACCGUUGGACUUCGGCAUGAAAUUGCACCCAAGCCCAGUAGCGGGGGAGGGGGGGUUGUUACUUCAUACAUGUUGUAACCUGGAAUAGGCUAAUGGGGAUGGGGUCACAUUUUCAUGACUUGACUGACUCUAAUGGGAUUGACUUUAAUGGGAUUGACUAUAAUGGCGUUGGCUGUAAUGGGAUUGACUAUGAAAUUGACUUUAGUGAUUUUAAUACAGUUAUUAGAAUUGGUUCGCACAUUUUUGGGAUUAUGGGAUAAAAAAAUCUGAUAAGUGGGGAUUUAAAAAUGGGUAAAUUUGCAAUAAAAAGGUUGGCUUUUUAAGGUAGGUGUAUAAUUUACAGAAAGUGACUAAGCUGGGAUUUCAAAAAUUAUUACAUUUGCUGAAAAAUGACUAAGAUGGGGUAUAUAAUCGGCCACAGAAUGGACUAUAAUGGGGUAGGGGUUCUUAGAGACCAGCAGCACAUACCAAGGAAAAUUUGACCCAGCAUGCAUAUUAACUAGCCCUUCCAACUCUUGAACUAAAUUUGUCGUUACAGCAAAGUGACAUUAGUAAAGAUUUACCUAUUCCCCUACCAUGUAAGCUGUCAACAACACUCAUUAUUAUUUACAUUUUUUUUGGUUUAGAUAACUGGGCACUGUUAUAUGCCCAGCGAAUGGCCCUUAAACAAGAAGUUCCUCUCUUUGUAUGUUUCUGUUUACCAAGCAAAUUCCUCAAUACCACUUACAGACAGUACAGUUUUAUGAUCAAAGGUCUUCAAGAAGUCGAAAAGGUACAACAAAACACAAAAUUAAACCGCACAACACAUACCAACUUUAUAAUUAUUAUAAAAUUGUUAUGUGUUGUGUGGUUUAAAUUUUUUUGAUUUGAAAAUUUUGAAACCAGUUUCAUGGCUCAAGGAAAACUUUAAUUCCAUCAUGUCCUUUGGGGAAGCAGCUCUCCCAUUCUGCUUGUCCUGGGCCACUCCUUGCUCAUCUUAGUUAACGAUUUUAUUGGAGUAAAACUUGCCUGGCCCCUUAACUGUUUAAGCCCUAAGAGUGAUCAGCAUCAAAUUUCUCAUUGUAAUAUCAGUGUUUUGUAAAACUGAGUGGUCAUGAGAAUUAUGGACGUGAUCGUACAAGUUGAAUUUGCUUGAUAUUUUAUCAACUUCUCUCCACUACUUCUGUAGGAAAUGAAUAGGGACACCUAACAAGAAUUCAAAUUUUGAUCUUAGGUUUUAAAGGGUAAGCUUCAAAAGUUACUUGCCCAGCAAGAAAAUCUACUCCUCCCAGACUACAGGAUGAUAAUUUUUUCGUGCUCUGCAGUUUGAUUUAAGUUUUUCCUUGAGUUACAGAAUCACAUGCAUGAUCUCCUGCUCUGCUGACCAGUGCUCUAUAGAACUAACCCUACUGUGGUUAUUUAUUUCAGGAACUGUCUACACUGAGCAUUAAUUUCCAUUUGCUUCUUGGUGAACCAGACAAAGUGCUUCCUGAGUUUGUGAAGUCACAUAAUCUUGGUGGAUUAAUAACUGAUUUUACACCCCUGAGAAAACCGUUAAAGUGGCUGAAAGAUGUUACAGCAAAACUUCCAAAAAAUUUCCCUGUUUGUCAGGUCAGCAACUUGAUUUCAUUUUUGGUAUUCAUUUUCUUGUGAUUUACAUGUGGUGAAUAACAAUAUGGAGGAAAGCAAGAGACGUUUCUAGCCUGACACAGACCAUCUCUAUUACUGACUUCACUUUGGCUUGAAGUACUCCCUUUAAAUAACAAUUGCAUGCUUUUGGUGGCAGGCAUUUCUAAUACAUAUGACAGUGUACAUGUAUGGUAAUAUAUUUGUGGUUUCAGUGUGGUAUCUGCUGCCAGGAUGCACUGCAAACAACUGUACUUAAAGGAUGUAAAGCGGUGGCAUGAGUCAAAGAGAUGUAACCAACUAAAUUAUUAUUUUGUGAUUCCAUCUUUGUAGGUUGAUGGUCACAACAUUUAA